AGCAGCUCUUUGAAUGAACUGUGACAAGGUGUUGUUCUUUUCCCCCCUCCCUCAGUCUUCUGUCUUCCGGGAACACUAAUAGGCUCCAUGCAGAGUAAUGUGACCAAUUGAAUCAUCCUAGCCCCGGAGCUGGAAGCUGUAGAUCGGAGGAGCAGAGAGCGCCGCGCUCAUUCCGGCUCCCACACCGAGAAAACCUCUCUGGGGUGACACUAUCAGUUUCUGUUCGGGACUCCUCUGGGAUUUUACACACUGUCCUCCAAGGAACUAUUGGCACUCUUUCCAUCUGCCUCGGUCCCUUUGCCCACUUGGCAGACCACAGACCAGUUCUUAGGUGAAAAGGUCAGAGGGCCUCUGUUUAGCCCUGACUGCAGCUCUAGAAUCAUACUCACCUUGACUUACCCUGCUUGAGAUCCACCUGCAACCAUGACAACCAAAUCCAACAGUGGUGUUCUGGGUGGUAAGGCUUCCUCCUCUCCUCUCUUGUCGUCUCCACCCCGCCAGCGCCUGGUCACCAAAGACGGACACUGUGCCCUUCGUCCCCCUUUGUGCCCUUCAGGCUCGUGGCGCGGGGCCUCGGGCAGAGCCUGGCUGCUGGCCCUGCAGGACCUGUGGGGACUGUUGGUGGGUCUGCGCUGGAGAUGGGUCCUGCUGGCCUUCUGCGCCUCCUUCCUGGCCCACUGGCUGCUGUUUGCUUGUCUGUGGUACUUGCUGGCCCACCUCAACGGAGACCUGGCUGUGCAGGAUCAUGAUGCCCCCCCACAGGGGCAUGUAGUUUGUGUGAAGCACAUUACCAGCUUCACUGCUGCCUUUUCCUUCUCCCUGGAGACACAGCUGACCAUUGGCUAUGGCACCAUGUUCCCCAGUGGGGACUGUCCCAGUGCCAUAGCACUGCUGGCUGUGCAGAUGCUGCUUGGGCUCAUGUUGGAAGCAUUCAUCACAGGUGCAUUUGUAGCCAAGAUUGCACGUCCCCAGAAGCGAGCAGGAGCCAUCCAGUUCAGCCCCCAGGCAGUGGUGGGACAACACCAGGGCCAGACGUGCCUCAUGCUACGAGCCACCAACCUGCUGCAGCGACCUCUGGUGGAUGUAAAGGUGAGUGCUGUGAUAUACGAGGAGCAUGAAGGUCAGGCCCUGCACCAGACCUCUCUGGACUUCCACUUGGAUCAUCUGGGCCAGCAGCCCUGUCCCUUCUUCAUUUUUCCACUCACCUUUUACCACCCCCUGGACCGCCGGAGCCCCCUCUACCCCGCCCUAUGUGAGGGCAUGUCCAACCACUUUGAGUUGGUGGUCUUCCUGUCAGCCUUGCAGGAGGGAACUGGUGACUCCUGCCAGAAGAGGACCUCCUACCUGCGCCAAGAAAUCCAGUUUGACCGUCGCUUUGUCCCCGCCUUGGGGCUGGAUGCUCGGGGGAGAUACAUGGUGAGCACCCAGCACUUUGACACAGCCCACUCAAAGGAGCCUUUGAACAAGGACUGCGUGGUACAGAUCAACGGUGAUGGCAGUGACAGGAUGGAGUAAGGAUGCUUAAGGGGAGGCCUCAUAGGGACAGUGGGAAUUUCUGAGGGAUAACUGGAGAGGGUAACAAUGGGGCAGAUAUUUUUGUCAGGAGCUACUUGAUUUAAUUUGGUAUAUCUGAAUUUAAGAAAACAUUUUUAAUUAAAACGUAUAUAAGACAUGGAUGCUGCUGCAGACGUCCUCAGCUCCUCCCUCCAAUCUGAUCCCCCACUGGCUUCCAACCCAUCAAAAUAUCCAACUGUGUUGGUUGGAGUGCCUGGCCAGCAGGGGGCACCAUCUUUGGGAAUUGAGUGUGAACAAAUACUGUUUAUUACAAGUUGGGUAUUAUUUUUGUCGCUCUGGCCAUCAUUACUUUUGGUUUCACCUUUAAAUAAAGUGGGAGCUAAUUUGGCAUGACUGUUGUUAUGUCUUGUGAUCUGACUGCUUUGAAGUGUUGGACCUAAUUUCAGCAAUGUCCCUGCAUUCUGAGUACAAUGUUAUCAUACCUGAUUGAACUGAUGGCCAGAGUUACGAAAACAAAACUGUUGUAAUAAACUGCAGUUUUCUUUUAAAUUUAAUCAAAAUGAAUUUGCAUUUCAUUAUUCUUACUUUUUGUGUGAGGUUUUGUAACUGGAUUGAGUAUGAUCAAGCUAUAUUUGAAAAUAUUUAGGUCAUUUGUGGUGGCACAAUCAAUUUCAAAUUCAGUUCCAGUAAUCAAUAUUUUAUUAACACUGAAUCAAAUGACUAUGUGUAACAUGAAAGUGGGCAUUCAUAGUGAUGGCUCCACAGAGAAUUAUGACUCUACAGAGAUUUUUAGUGUCUUUCAGCUCAUUGUUUAGGUUCUGAAGCACAUUUGGUGUUUGGUUCAGUCUCUCCAUUCUCAACAACCUGGUUUCCAGCAGCAGCAGGCAGCUGUUUUCAGCAAAAAAGCUCUAACUGUGACUGAGACUAGCUGGCGAACAUAGUGGAACAUUUAGCUGCUAGAGUCAGAUAUUUCCCUUGGCACAGACCAAAAACAGUGCUAAAAGAGAGUGAAUAUUGGACUUACAUUCAUCAGGUGGACACAAACACCACUACACAUUAAUGAUAAUGUUGCUCUGAUUUGUUAAUAUGUGACAGUUGUGUACUGUCAGCGUGUUCUUCUGCCCCAAAGUGGCCAAAAAAAAUUGAUGUAGCUUAUAAAGCCCCAUGUGUAUUUGAACAUUUCUGACAUUGUUGACAAUAUUUUGAAAAAUACUAUGAUCACAUAAACAUUUUACACAUAGGGGGUUUUAGAAAAACAAACAGAGAGAUUUAUCUACAAAUGAAUGAAGACAGUUUUCUCUUCUCAGUCCCUGGAUGUAGUGUCUCAGAAAGUUGUAUCCAUCACAGUUUGAACUUGAAAUUUGUAUACCUGAAUUUAUUGAAAUUUAGUUUGAUCAAUUCAGUUUCACAAAAAAAAUAUAUUUUCCAAACUUCAUAUACAAGUUAGGAACAAAUUCCAAAUUAAACCAUGUCUUGUGUACAAUUUCAAAUUCUGAACUACGAAUUCAGAUUCACCACAUUCAGAUCUAAUAAAUAUCUGCCCAUAGGUUAUCAGCGAGACUAAAUAAAGGGUAGGACCAAUUAUGAUAGGAGUAAAGAUGAAUGGAAAUUACAAGGUUGGCAGAUGGAGUUGGGGGUAGUCAAAAACUUUUUUAUUUUCUAACUUCUAUAAUCAGCACAUUAUGUCACACUUGAAUUCUCCACAAUGUGGCACGUGGUGCAGUUUUUAGCAAAGAGAUUCUGGGUUUGAACCUGGCUGACCGGCUGGGGCCUUUCUGUGUGGAGUUUGCCUGUUCUCCCAAUGCCUGUGCAGGUUUCCUCACACAGUCCAGAGACAUGCAGAUUAGUUUAAUUGGUGAUUCUUAAUUGCCCGAAGGUGUGAAUGUGAGUGUGAAUGGUUUUCUGACUCUAUGCGUCAGCCCUGUGAUUGACUGGCAACCUGUCCAGGGUGUAUCCUGCAACUCACCCAUUGUCAGCUGGGAUCGGCUCCAGACCACUGUCCCCACCCCCAAUGAAACUGAAGUGAAUAUUUUCCACUUUGUGAGAGAAUUAUUUUUGGCACAGAAGGUCAGUUUAAGUUGACAAGCCUCAGCACCAGCCCUGUAAAACUGAAUGUGAAAUUAGCAGGUAUGGCAGGUAUAUUGAAAGUGUUGAAAGAGAGUACCAAUAAGGAAGGGACAGAGUGCAACAACUCUUCUGUCAUCUCUAUAAAAGGGCAUUCAUGUUGCUGAUCAAUGACUUCUUCUACUGAUGUUUGUGGACUAGCAACAGAAUUGAAGGAUUACACUGUAGAAUAGCAACAUGACCUGACAAUUACAACAAACCAUCAGAUGGUUGUAAUUCCACUGUCAAUAUUAAGCUGCUAAGGUUAUUCAUUGGAAGCCUUUUGAAACAAAGACAUCCAUGUCUUAAAGUGAGCUAUCUAACAUUAGACUGACCUGAAAGAAAUGACAUAUGGCUCAUUAGUGACUGAUAUAAUGAUACUGACUGCUGAUUGAUUUGUAGAUUAAUGCCUUUAUUUUGAAAAAUCAUUGCCUAAAUCAUUAUGCAAAGCAGAAAUUAAUGUAUUAUGUUCAAUUUGUACAAUAAUAAAUGUCUCUAGAUUUAGCAAAGAAAGUUAGGAGGUUAGAAAGAAGUCUAAAUGUUGUAGAAAAUAAGUCUUUGUAUUUGGAGUAUUUUCCUUUAAAGGCUGUUGAUAUGAAGAUAAUCACUGUGUUAUCUAUGUGGUUGAAAAGAAAUCAUGUAGCAAUUUCAGGCAUGAGAGGAAACGUUUCACAAAAUGUGAUUGUGAAGGAUGAGAUCUCAGUGUAUCUCACAUGCUCCAAUACCUUUGUACAGUGUACAUUACAUGAAAUAAAUAUUUUCUAAACAAG